AACGCAAUUUACUGCCGUAGACGCGCCGCGAGAGCAGCAAGCGCGUCGUGCCGGGGUUUCUCCCCACUUUGACCCGCAGAGCGGCUGGACGAUCUCUUCUCAGCCAGCCCCCACGACUGCCUUUCGUCACUCGGUCUCCUCGAUCUGCCACCCACGCCCACGCCAAAAGUCGCACGCGAGAACCUCGACGAAGUAUAUUCCUGACUGGACUGCAGCGCCGUUGUGGUCAUUUAAUAAUCUCCCCACCGAAGAGUCAACCGCAGACAUGUUGGAGGCACGCUUAGAGCAGGCCAGCGUCCUAAAGAAGGUCGUCGAUGCGAUCAAGGACCUGGUUCAGGACUGCAACUUUGACUGCAAUGAUUCGGGCAUCGCAUUGCAGGCCAUGGACAACUCGCACGUGGCGCUGGUGUCGAUGAGCCUCAAGGCCGAGACGUUCUCUCCGUACCGAUGCGACCGCAACAUCGCGCUGGGCGUCAACCUGACGUCCCUGACCAAGGUCCUCCGCGCGGCCCAGAACGAGGACCUCCUGACCUUCAAGGCCGAGGACGCACCCGACACUCUGAACCUGAGAUUCGAGAGCUCCGAGAACGACCGAGUAAGCGAGUACGACCUCAAGCUCAUGGACAUCGAUCAGGAGUACUUUGGCAUCCCCGACACGGAGUACACGGCCACCAUAACCAUGCCCAGCGCCGAGUUCCGCCGCAUCUGCACGGACUUGAUGGCCAUGGCGGACUCGGUGAGCAUCGAGGCGAACAAGGACGGUGUCAAGUUUUCGUGCAACGGCGACAUCGGCAGCGGCGCCGUGACGCUCCGGAGCCACACCAACGUGGAGAAGCCGUCGGAAAACAUCGACAUCGAGCUGACGGAGCCCGUCAGCCUGACCUUCUCGCUCAAAUAUCUGGUUAACUUCUGCAAGGCCGCUGCCCUGUCUGGCCAGGUCAAGAUUGGUCUCUCACCCGACCUGCCCGUCAUGGUUGAGUACAACCUGUCUGGCAGCAGCUACCUGCGAUUCUACCUUGCGCCGAAGAUCGGCGAGGACGAGUAAACGGGCCAUCCUGGUUCAUGGUUUUGCAACAUCUUGUCUAUUUCAUCAAGGCGCGGCGCCGAGGUUUUGGUUGUUUGGCUGAAGAAUAAACGCGGGAUACGGAAGAGGAUGAUGUACUUCAAGAUGACUCCUUCUGUAUGCGACGGCCAUGAGGGUGGUUGAGCCCGCAGUCCGGGAACAAAACAGGGAAAUGUGCAGACCCAAGACGCACGCUAACCCAUUCCAUCCAAGUAGCCGUUUAUGGUAAUGAAGUUCGAUGUUGAGAUGAUCCAAGGCGUCGGCUUCUCCAAUCCCCUGUAUAUCCCCUCUACCUAUCACAAGCAGCUUUCCUGAAGCCCCAUGGGUUAGGGGGAAUGUUUGUGCCAAGGUUCAAAUCAGCAGGCCAGACGACAGAAGGGAUGGGACUCCAGAAAUAUCUCGGUGCGUGGCAGAGUGAACAGCUUCCGGGGUGUUCAGAAGAAACCGCCUGAUCGGGUCGAUCCACUGGUGCUGCGUGCCGAGUCGUGCCCCUGAAAAUGUCUACAAUUCUUGGUCCUCAGCUGCGAUGACUCGGCUGGUAAUGGUCACGCUGGUGCAAGAGAAAC